GGGAUAUCAGAAACCUGCUCAAGUGGAUCAAACAGAAUCUGUUGAAAGAGCGACCAGAGUUAUUUUUGCAAGGGGAAUCUGUGAGGCCAGGAAUUUUGGUGCUCAUCAACGAGGCAGACUGGGAACUAAUGGGUGAGCUGGAUUAUAAACUCCAGGACCAGGAUAAUGUGCUUUUCAUCUCAACAUUGCACGGCGGGUGAACUCCUGAAAAAACAAAGAGGAUGUAAAUCCAAAUCCCCGGGAAAAAAAAACAAACAAACAAAAAAUAACCCAGAAAACCAACCUUAACCCACCCAAACCUCUGUUGAGCUGCCUGUGUCCAGUCUCUGCAUCUUCCCACUGCCUUCACUUGUUCUAGACAUCCAAAUAAAGCUCCGCCAGCCUGCGGCCUUCUGUCCACCA